AUGGAUGAAAAAACAACGUACGAUAUAGACAAAUUACUGGAAAAUCCAGUUCAUUUCAUCAAUGAACACUUUCCAGAUGAAUACAGUCUUUGUGGAAUUGAUUCUUUAAUAUCGGAACUUAAUGAGGAAUUGGAACACCAAGACAAACAACUAAUUAAAAUGUUUGAAGAGAAGGCAGUAACUGGUCAGUUGGCUCAUGAGAAAUUUGAACACCUUCAAUUUGCAACAAACGAACUAAUGUUACAAAUUAAUGAAUUACAAGAACAGAGCAAAAGAGGAGAAAGCUCUCUAAAAAUUUUGAGUUCAGAUAUUAGGGCCCUUCACAAUGCAAAAAUUAACAUUUGUGAUACUAUACUCGCAUUAAAGAGGCUUAUAAUGUUGUCUAAUACGUUAGAUGAUCUGAGUGAAACUGCUAAAAGUAGAAAUUAUAAAGAGACCAGCGGCUAUAUUGUAAUUUUGCGAGAGUUACGUGAACUGGUGGACCCUCUUAAAAACGCUCCUCCGGUAGCAAAAUUGAUACAAAAAUGUGAUAGCUUAUUUGAGAAACUAGAGGAACAACUAAUUGAAGAUUUGGAAACCGCCCUAGGCCUAAAGAUGUCAGAGUUAAUGGAUGACAAUCUACCAGAAAUAAAUAACAUGUGCGUCUGCGCAGAUGCACUGGGAGAUUCCGUUCGUAAACAUAUAUCUCAGAAAUUUUCUUCAAAAUUAUCGCAAGAUUACCAAAAUAUGUUCUAUUUGGCAUUUGAUUUGAAAACAACCGAUGGGAUAAAUCACAGAUUCUCUUGGAUCAGGAGAUCCAUCAAUGAUUUUGAUGAUAAAUAUGGUGAAUCAAUGCCUUCAAGCUGGGGAAUACAGGUCUCUUCGACAUGGCUAUGCAUGAAAAAGCUUAGAGAUCAGCUUGGAGAUAUCCUCAGAGAAUCCCACCAAACCUUGGGAGCAAAUAGUGUUCUUUCUUCUCUGUUACGUUGCAAAGAAUUUGAAGAGGAACUUGACUGUAGAUUAUCGCAAUAUACUAAUGAAAAUGCUCAAAGCCCUGAAAGUGCUCCUAUAGAAUUUCCUGAGGCCUUACAACUAAAUUCAAAGGUUACUGAAAAAAAAAUUCAUAAACCAUUCAAGGGGAUAUUGAGUAGAUGUUUUGAGAGUUACCUAGGACCUUGGAUAGCGAGUGAGGAGGUGCAACUCAUGGAUCUCCUUGCAAGAAUAUUAGUGGAUGAUACAAAGGAUUCUGCAAUAAUGAUGGUCCUAUUCUCCGCUAAAGAAUUGUUUUCUGCUAUAAAUACACGUUUUCAGGCAACUAUCUCAAUAAGUUGUGAACAAACGUUGUUCGAAAUGUUUUUGGUUUUUAAAAGGCUCAUUGGAAAGUAUCAACAGUACUUGAAGGAAAGAGCUGAAAAGUUGCAAAAGAAUACAGAUUUGAAAUUAUUUACAAAGCUUUCUGGUUACGUAAUUGCAACCUGUGACUAUUGUCUGGAAAGUAUAGAUGGACUUUCCGACGAAAUUUGUGAAAUUAUCGCGUCUGCAUAUGUAGAGCUCGUUAACUUCUCUGUGGAGAAAGAAAAACUUACCGCAACAAAGGCCGAUGCAUUCAAAUGUUUAGUGGAUAAAAUGUGUCAAUUUUCACACAAUACCGAUGAAAUCGUUGAAAUCUAUGGGCCAAGUGACGAAUUGCUUAGAAAUGAACAGCAGGUUCUAGAGUCUAUAAAACACUCAAAGGAGCAUCUUCCCAGUACAUACCUGCUCCACAUUGUAAACAAGGUUCCUAGAUCGCUAAUGGUACACUUUAAGGAAAUCCUCUUUUCGUUAAAUACCGUUAGUGACGUUCUAGGUCAGCAAUUGCUUCUGGAUGCAUACGAGCUCAGAAAGUUUUUGCUGGAAGAUAUAAAGCAAUCAGUGGAGAACCUACCGGCAGGAUAUGUGCAGAAUGUAACUUCAGAAAUGGACAAGCUUCAAAGUCUCACAAAGGUACUCAAUACUCUAGAGCACAAUACCGAAGCCUAUCAUGCUCUGUUGAUUGAAAAUGGAGGAUCAUGCACAAGGGAUGAACUCGAUUUGAUUUUAAAAAUUAAAAAGGUCUAA